AUCUAUCUCCCUCUUAUCAGUGUCGAAAUACGUAUUCGUUUUUUUGGGUACUAACCCAAUUCGAAAAAUUCAGACAAAAAUAAAAAAGAAUCCCUCCCAUACACGUAAAAAAAAAACGAAAAAAAAGUUAUUUCUACUUUUUCUUUUCCCGCUAAUGAAAUUCCUCCGUGUCGUCCCUUUGUCUUCAUCUGACCGAUUUUCUUUUCUUCCGCCUUCAUUUUUCGUCUCUUCCCCUUCGCCGAUUGCUCCGAUGAGUCGGGUCAGUGAAUACGUUCAGUCACUCUCUCCUCCUCGUCCACCACCGACGAUUUUCACAGCUCUCGAAAACCCUAAAAAGAUGAAGAGGAGCCGGGAACAAGAGGAAGGAAAGCCUUGUGAAAUCUGUGGUGAUAUAGGUCUUCGAGAAUGGAUUGUAACAUGCUCUCAAUAUAUUGCAUGCAUGUUCCAUUUUCGAAGGAUUGGAAAGUUUGGCUUUGUGAACCAUGCCAAGCCAAAAAUAAAGUUGAUCUACCAAGACAUGAUUCAAAAGGAAAGACCAAGUCAAGUGGCCCAUCAGACAUCUCUACAAUGA